UUGCGCAAUGUACAUGCUUAGGUUACAGAGGAAAUAUCCGACAGCAAUUGUCCGGACACAUAGCACUACCCUAGCAGGUUGGGUGAAGGUAGAGACUGAAGUGUUUUCUGCAUUGUUCGUUAUUGUGGAUUUAUACAAAUUACAAUCUUUGUUGUCAAAAUGGCUGACGGCAAAGCCACUGGUGAGCCUGGAGACAAAAUGAACCAGCCACCCCCAAUUUCCAUGCAGCCGCAACCAGGAGCUUACAAUGGUGCUCCAGGACAACCAGCCCCCAACCAGGGGUAUGCCCAGCUCCCAGGACAGCCCGGCUACGGGUAUGGCCCACCUCCAGGUCAGCCCGGGUAUGGCCCGCCUCCAGGUCAGCCCGGGUAUGGCGCUCCACCUGGAUAUGGUGGUCAGCCCGGGUAUGGCGCUCCACCGGGAUACGGAGGUCAGCCCGGGUAUGGCGCUCCACCCCAAGCAAUGAUGCCAGGUCAGAGGCCCCCUGUGCAGUGGAUGUCUCGGCCUGAAGCUAUUCCAGGGUGUCCCCCCGGACUGGAGUACCUCACCCAGGUGGACCAGCUCUUGGUUCAGCAGCAGAUCGAGAUCCUCGAGAUGAUAACUGGAUUUGAGACGGCUAACAAGUAUGUAAUACGGAACAGUCUGGGUCAGCAGGUCUAUUUUGCUUCUGAAGAAUCGGAUGCCUGCACCAGACAGUGUUGUGGGCCUCAGAGAGGUUUCACAAUGCACAUCACUGACAACAAUAGUCAGGAAGUGAUCCGGGUGCAGCGUGAGUUCAAGUGUUGCGCCGGCUGGAACUGCUGUGCAAAUGCCGACGGAUGUGCACACCUCUGCAGUAUCGAGGCCCCUGUGGGACAGCUGGUUGGUUACGUCAGACAAAUGAAGAGCUGCAUGGAGCCUCGCUUUGCCAUCAUGGACCCGAACAUGGAUACGAUCCUGACCAUUGUUGGACCUGGGUGCAUAAUCCAAGGUCCUUGCUGUACACAAGACCAGGAGUUUGUGGUAUCAUCAGCCAAUGAGGAGAAUCAAGUCGGAAAGAUCUCUAAGCAGUGGAGCGGAUACCUCCGAGAGGCCUUCACUGAUGCUGACAACUUCGGCAUUUCCUUUCCCAUGGACCUGGACGUCAAGAUGAAGUCCGUCAUGCUGGGAGCAGUGUUUCUCAUUGACUUCAUGUUCUUCGAACACAACCAAAACAACAACAACAGGAACAGGUACUAGCGGAACGACAGAACUACAGAACAUUUACACCUGUCCAAGGAGCUUCAUGGAAGAAACCAGAGCAUCAAGACAGGAUUUGCUCCACAUAAAGCCUAAGAUUUGUGGGAAUGAUAACCGUUGUAAAUAACAUACCCGUUGAAACCACACCAAAGAACCAUAUUAGCGUCAACAAAUGUUAAAAAAACACAUAGCUUUCUACCAUUUUUCAGCGGACCAAAAAUAUUUAUAGUUAUACAUUUGUUUCUGUUUUUAUACAUAGUUAUACAUGUUUUAAAGUGCUAGCUCACUGAGAUAACAUGCCCCAGUUUAACAUGGAUUCUCUACUCAGACGUGGUAUACAGAGUCCGAGCUGGCCAGUCCUUGUUUUAUCCCUUUAAGGUCAAGUGUUGGGCAGGGUUACAAGCAUCUUUUAAUGUAUUUUGGUAUGAUGCAGCCGUUGAUCAAACCACCGGGCCUUACGCUCUCCAUGCAGACAUUCUAUCCAUUUGACCACGGAGGCACUAGACCCUAGGACACCUUUAACAUUAGACAAACGGAGUUGGGCCGACAGGCUUCUGUCAAUCUGCACCGCUGGUUUGCUAUUUUGUCUCCUCACCUGGAGUAACAACAGCAGCAUUGAAACCAGACUCUUGUUUGGCAUCGUGGAGUUAAAUCUAGUUUUCUGUGAAAUGAACUUUUACAUUCCAGGUACAAGUCAAAUAUCAUUCCUUAGUAGAUAGGAAGGGAAACUGUGAUAACAAUUAUUAUAUACUUUGGUAGUGUUGAGUAUUGCCAUUUGUAUUGUCUCUAUUACCAUGUCUGUAUUUAAAGAAUAACAGACAAGAGCGGAUCCAGCAUUUUUAAAAGGGAGGGGUC